AUCGCAGCGACAUACAGCAACACCGAGCUUCGACGCGACACGCACAGCCGACGACAACAUCGUCUGAUCUGACAGACAGGGCAGCCAUGGCGAGAUUCGGUGCCUUUUCGCGCCUCUUGGGCCUGGACCGACCACCACAUCGGCACGAUAAUUGGUGGCAAGAACAUCGUCGACGACUCCUCCCCAGCUACCGCGAAGAUUCCUUCGUCUCCGCCAUCCCCGCCGAAACCGUCACCGAAAUCGCCCUCCGCAUCCGCCACCUGAUCGAGAAAUGCGUCCCCCUCGAGCUCCCCGUCAAUCAAAUCACCUCUCCGAGUAGUAAGAUCAUCACGAAGAAGGUCCUCAAGGCAGCCAAGGAAGCCGGCGGCAAACAUCACCGAUCAUGCGUCGUCUACUGUCUGCUCGUCAACAAGCGCUGGUGGAAACACCAAGCCCAAGUCGAACUCUGGGACGCCGACCUACACGCCCUUCGCGCCGUAGCUUGCGAAGUCAUCGCCAAACAGAUUAUCGAGACGGAGGAAGAUAUCAACUUCUUGCUUCACCAGGUGCUGCUGAAGCGCUACUCGAUCAUGAUCGACAACAAACCCACCAAGCCGUCCAACGUGGUAGAAAAGGCUGUCGACUUGCACGCUCUUAGGGUGAUCGGCUCCUCCGGCUACCAAAAAUGCAUCAGUUACCUCUGGCGCGGCUGGCUGGUUCAAGACGAGAACGACCCGGCGACCUUCGUUGAGUACCGCGACAAAGACAAUAUUUCAUUCUGGUCCCACUUAGACCCGGACCGGAUGCGGGCCCCCAUGUACCAAAACUGGACGCAGAUGCUCAUCAGUUUCAUCUACCUCGUCCUUUACACUCUUGCCAUGAACAGUGUCAAUCCAGGCGGUCACAUUGAUGUAAUCGAGGGUCUUCUAUACGCCUUCACUCUCGGUUUCAUGUGCGAUGAGUUCGCCAAGAUCUGGAAAGCCGGAUUCGCCAUCAUCGACUUCUGGUCCGCCUUCAACAGCAUCCUCUACGGGCUAUUGACUACCUCUCUCGUCUUCCGCUUCAUCGCCUUCUCCCACGACGGUUCCGACGGCGACUGGCGCCACCACUACAACACCUUAUCAUACAACUUCCUCGCCGUUUCCGCGCCCAUGUUCUGGCUGCGCCUUUUGUUGUAUCUCGACUCCUUCCGCUUCUUCGGCGCCAUGCUGGUAGUCCUCAAAGUAAUGAUGAAAGAAUCCAUCAUCUUCUUCGCCCUUUUGUUGGUGAUCGUCGUCGGUUUCCUCCAAGCUUUCCUGGGUCUCGACCAAGCAGACGACCAAGUCGUCGAAGACGCCAUGUUCAUCGUGCAAUCCAUGGCCAACGCUUUGAUGCAAUCGCCCGACUUCUCGGGUUUCGAGCGCUUCAACCACCCCUUCGGUUUACUCCUCUACUACUGCUUCACUUUUGUAGUAAUGGUCAUCCUGCUCAACAUCCUCAUCGCCCUCUACAACUCCGCCUACGAAGACAUCUACGACAACGCCAACGACGAGUACCUAGCCAUGUUUGCGCAAAAAACGAUGCAAUUCGUCCGAGCACCAGAUGAGAACGUGUUCAUCCCCCCCUUCAACCUCAUCGAGAUCUUUUUGUUGGCCCUCCCGCUAGAGUGGUGGAUGAACAAAACCACCUACGAGAAAGUAAACGAUUGGUGCAUGGCUACUAUUUACUCGCCCCUCCUGCUUGUCAGCGCCUUCAUCGAAGUCAAGACCGCGCAGGAGAUUAGGGCGAACCGAGCGCGUGGGGACGGGGAUGAUGAUUCCGUUGAGGAGUGGGAGCAGAGGAUGGGAGACCUUGAUUUUGAGGCGGAUGGCUGGGCAAGCAGAGUAGAGGGGGCGAGGAGUAAGUUGGUUAAGAUGCGAGAAGAAGAGGCGGAGGAUGAAGAGAGUGGAGGGAUUAGAGGGGAGGUGGCGGAUGCGGAGGUGGAGAUUGGGAAGUUGAGGGAGGAGGUUAGGGAGUUGAAGGGGUUGUUGGGGGAGUUGAUGGGGAUGAUGCAGAAGGAGAGGGAGGGGAAGGGGAAGGAGGCAGAGGCGGAGGAUGGAAAGGGGAAAGGGGCUGUGGGGGUUGAGAGUCAGGCCACUCAGGUGGUUGGAGGUGGUGAUGGUGCUGGGAGCAGCAGCAGUAGUAGCAGUAGCAGUGGUGAAGGGGAGAGGGAUUGAGGUUGUUAUGGCUUGAUGCGAAGGUGAUGGAGGAGCCGAGUGCACGUCGCAUACGUUACCAAAAGAAGGAGGUUUCAGGUUUAGUGUGAUUAGGCGUUAGGGAGUGGCUUGAGUUUUAUUUUUCCAAUGAUGAAUUACGGGUAGGCUACUCUCUCCUCCCUGUUACUGAAUGCUGGUAUCUCUUCCCGAAUCCCUUGUUGAAUAGCUCUCGUGCCGCUGAUUUCACCUUUGAGCCAAAGGGAACAAAAUGCAUAUGGCCUCUCAAUCACAGUUUACCCACUUCUUUUCUUGUGUUGGAAACCAUAUGGUCCGCGUCACGAGAUUGAUGGGA